AUUCAACAAUGUUUGCUUUAUGCUCCAUCAACUUGCAACCAAAUAAUACUAACUAAGAAGAUGCUCGGCCGGAACUGAGUCGCGGAAUUGCAUGAUUGAAGAGAGCAAUCUCGCUAUCUUGGGACGGGUUCCGAUGCAUACAAUCUAAAACCCGCUACUAUGGACCGGCAUGUUCAAGGACAGGCAUCAUCGGGUGACAAUGGCGAUGACCCGAAGAAUAAUCCCACGGGGCCACAUCCAGGGAUAUAUUCUACCAAAUGCAACAGCCAAGACCCCAGUGUGAGCUCUGAGGAGCAACGGCCACCCCUACCACCACGGCCAAAUACAUUGAACUUGCUAGACGAAAGACAAACGGCGCAAUCUAAUCUACAAGCCAAGGCGACUACGGCAGUAUCUUUAACUGAGAUUGAAUCACAGCAAAUUCCUGACACUGUCCCCAAUCGCGGUCUACCGGAGACACUGAGGGCCAGGACGAGUCUCAGCCAAAUCGGAAGCUCCAAAGCAAGCGAGACUGGUGACUCCAUGAGUAUUAGGAGUUCUAUUCCAAAUACUGACGUUGGUGAAGUUGAAAAUGUAUUUAAUGAUUUCAUCGCAACGGAGCCUGGGGCAGUUCACCAGGACAGCACCGGUCUGCUCCUGUUCCCCGAGUUCCGGGCCGAUGAUGUGGAGGACGAUUUCGUGAGCGAGUUCGAGUCGGUUGGGGAGGUUGAUGAACAUGGCGAAAAUGAAGAAUUAAUCCUUGAGAGAUGGAAGGCAAAGAAGAAACACUAUCUCAUUCUCUCUGCUGCUGGGAAACCCAUUUGGACUAGACAUGGUGAUGGAGGUUUAAUAUCCACCUAUAUAGGCGUCAUCCAGACUAUCAUCUCAUUCUAUGAAGAUGCGAAAGAUCCCCUGAGCAGUUUCACGGCCGGUGACACGAAAUUCCUGGUUCUCACUAAAGGACCAUUGUACCUGGUCGCAAUUAGCCAGCUCCUGGAAAGCGAUAAUCAACUUAGGCUCCAACUCGAGGCCCUAUACAUGCAGAUUUUAUCAACAUUAACUCUCCCGUCCUUAACCCAUCUAUUCUCCGUCCGCCCAUCAACCGACCUAAAACGACCUUUACAAGGAACUGAAAGCCUUCUAUCAACAUUGGCCGAUAGCUUCACCAAAGGUUCUCCCACUACCCUUCUAUCCGCAUUGGAAUGUCUGAAGAUCCGCAAGGCGCACAGACAAACCAUCAGCAAUGCCCUUCUAAAAGCCAAAGUCAAUAGCCUGCUCUAUGGCUUGGUCGUGGCAGGCGGUCGACUUGUCAGUGUCGUACGUCCUAAGAAACAUUCAUUACACCCUGGUGACCUGCAGCUCCUGUUCAAUAUGAUUUUCGAAGCAGAGGGCGUCAAGGCUGGCGGUGGUGAAAGCUGGAUUCCUGUAUGUCUGCCUGGGUUCAACAGUACUGGGUAUCUGUACAUGUAUGUCAGCUUUCUCGACCUUCGUGAUGAGACAAGCAACGCUCCGGAUGAGGAUACGACGAAGGAGGAAUCCGUUGCGAUUAUCUUGAUUAGCACGAACAAAGAGAGUUUCUUCGAGUUGCAGGAGAUGCGGAAUACUCUUGUCGAGCAACUCGAGAAAACCAAAAGCAUCAAGAUAAUUAAAGCCGCUGUCGACAAAGGCCGUCCUAACACCACCGAUAUCGUCCCCGGAACAGUCCUGCACCACUUUCUUUACAAAUCCAAAGCAAACGUUCAAUUUACCAUGUCCUCCUUUGAUCCCGAUUUCUCAAGUAUCUCACGACGUCGAAGACUAAUGUCCACAUACAACAACCUCCAUACGAGCAUCCAUGCUAAGCAUACACACGUUAAAGUUCACUACUGCGUUUCCCAGUCCGCGACCUCAUUCGCGUGGGUUACACCGAUGUUCGAGCUGUACUGCGUUUCUGGUCCGAACGCGAAUCGAAAUGCGCUUGCGCAGAGCGCGAGCAAGAUUGUCCAAUGGGUACAGAAGGAGGAGGAGAGGUUGUUCAUUAUUGGGGGUGCGAUAUUCUAGAAUAGAUUUGUCGGGUGGUUACCAUAGCCUUGAUUUGCGAUUGAUUUACGAUAAAAACGUCUUCGUUCUAUUUCGGUUGGAUAUAGUGCUGGAAUGAUUCCACGAUUUGCUGAUAUACUCACCUUUCUCUUGUGAUUUUCAUACGCCAAGUGUAGCACACCAGAUAAAGCCCUUAAUCAAGCGAAUCAUCCCGCAAAGCAAAUAACUGACGCAUAAGCUCAUCCGAUUUGCUUCGCAGAGCAUCAUGAUACAUAGUGUUCGUGAUGAACCGCUUGCAAUUAUUGAUUUUCUGGGCCAUGGCAUCC